CAGCUCCAUUCACCACUUCUCUUUAGUAUUACGCCGAUAUGGUCACUGACUAGGUUUCGCCAGUGUCCAUGGAGGAUCGUCUGAACUUUUGGGGAUCACGCCUUGGGUCCUCUGACUACAACAUCCUCAAACGCUCAGGCACAGCUCACCACACGGCCACGCGCCCCGCCGUUGCCUGAGCGCCUCCUAGGAACACGGCCAUGAUGGCCUCCAAUCUGCUCUCCAAACUUCUUCCUUCUGCCUCCGACGAACCUUUCGAAACAGAAGCGUUGAAUACUGAGCAUCGCCGCCACUCUUCCUCUACCGAUGAACGACACGAGAUGGAUAUAGACGAGGAGAACUUUGGAGCUCGAUUCGAAGAGCAGGACCUGGCACACUUGCUUGCUGAAGCCUCCUCAAGUCAAAUGACAACGGAGAGUCGUGCAGUCUCUCCAGACGCCAAACGCAACGCACCCCCAGGAACCCACACGGCGAGCCGAGCACCAGCAUGGAGACAGCCUCCUCCAGCCCGUCCAGUUCCUCUCGAUGAUGACGACGACGUACCACAGUCACUACUUCUAGAAGGAGGUCUUGACCCGGGACCCAGUUCGAACCAGCGUACGCAAGGCCUGCCGCCACCAGUACCCGGCCCUGCGACGCGACAGACACGAGCACAGUGGGAAGCUACUAGACAACAGCAGCGCUUACACGAAGAGGAUAGGCGCCCUCGUCCAGCGCGUGGCUGGGGAAAUACAAGCAGACCAGGUCAUUUCUCUGCAGACCCGAAAGAGAAAGCGUUGUGGCUGUGGGUGAACCAGACGGAUCUUGAUACUUACAUGAAAGAGGUCUACGAGUACUAUGUUGGCUGCGGUAUAUAUUCUAUGCUCCUGCGAAGAAUUCUGACGCUAGCACAAUCCGCCUUUGUAGUCGGAUUCAUGACAUUUCUUGGAUGGUGUAUUGACUACUCUAAGUUAUCGGAAAGCCACAAGAUGAGUCAAGUCAUAGUGCCGAAAUGCACAAAGAGAAUACAUGGCUUCUGGAUCUUUGGCAUCUGGGUAUUUACCAUCUACUGGCUGUAUUCCUUCUACUCGAUGAUUACGGACCUACCGCGAUUACGAGCCAUGCACGACUUCUACCACCAUCUCCUCGAUAUCCCGGAUCGUGAUAUCCAAACCAUACAGUGGCAGCAGGUUGUGAGUCGGAUCAUGGCUUUGCGGGACUUGAACUUGGCUACCGCAUCGAAUUUAUCUCCCGAAACACGUAAGCUCCUCGACUCGAAAAGCCGACAACGACUGGACGCUGUCGAUAUCGCGAGCCGGCUUAUGCGACGCGAUAACUAUCUCAUAGCGCUCUUCAAUAAGGAGGUAUUGGACGUGACAGUUCCACUCCCAAUACUUGGAAACAGGUACAUAUUCUCCGAAACUACCAGAUGGCACGUCAACCUCGCUGUCAUGGAUUUUGUCUUUAGUGGUCCAAACGGCCAGUUCAAUCAGGACUUUCUGAAAGAGCGAAAUCGACGAGAGCUGGUAAGGAAGUUAAGAACGCGCUUUUUCUGGACAGGCAUCAUCAGCAUCAUCUGUGCUCCAUUCGCUGUACUUUUUGUUCUGGCCUCUUACCUAUUCAAAUACUUCACGGAAUAUCACAAGGAUCCUGGACAACUGAGCAAUCGCGAUUUCACGACGUUUGCUCAGUGGAAGUUCCGUGAGUUCAACGAACUACCUCAUCUUUUCGCACGUCGCCGUAAUAUGGCAUAUCCCUACGCAAACCUUUACCUCGCACAGUUUCCAAAAGACAAGACAGAGCAAAUCUCAUCAUUUGUAGCCUUCGUCGCAGGGGCUUUCGCAUUCGCCCUUGUCGUCUUUACGCUUCUCGACUCUGAACUCUUUCUCACAUUCGAAAUUACGCCUGGCAAAACGGCAAUUUUCUGGAUAGGUGUCUUGUCCACCAUCUACCGCGUCGCUCGUGGAAGUAGCCCCCAGGAAGAUCAAGUAACUGAUCCAUCGUACUACCUCAACCAUGUCAUUUACCACACGCGCUAUGAGCCAGAUUCCUGGCAAGACCGGCUGCAUACUGAUGAGGUCCGCGCGGAGUUUGCGAAGCUAUAUCAGCCAAAGAUCUUGAUAUUCGCUGAAGAGAUUCUGAGUAUGGUCAUCACACCGUUUUUACUAAUGUUCCGCUUGCCGCAAUGUAGUGAGCGCAUUGUUGACUUUUUCCGCGAGUUCUCUAUCGUCGUCGAUGGAUUGGGUGUGACUUGCUCGUACUCUAUGUUUCCUUUCAAUAAAGGGACUCGGAAUGCGAACAACAUCCCUGCGAACCAAAACGGCGCUCGUAGGGAGGACUCUGACCUCAGAGAGGAUUACUUCAUGGCCAAGGACAACAAGAUGCUAGCUUCGUACUACGGAUUUCUCGACACAUACGCAACUUCAGGACGUGGCUAUAAUGGCCGCCUGCAAGGAAGAGGAAACUUCCACCCUCCUCCACAGUUCCCGAAUAACUUCGGUGCAAUGUCGCAAACAGCACAGCCGAUGGACAUAGGCGUCCGUGGAACAAGCAAAGGGCCAGCUGGUCGGCAGAACCUGCAGCGGCGAACGCCUCGACACGGUCCUACCACGCGAGAUGAACCCAUCAACUCCAUCCUCCUCGAUCCACACCACCAGCCUUCUGCUUCCGCCGCACUCCGAAGCUCACCACGACAAGUGCCACAUGGUAGAUACAGGACGCCUCUGCAGCCCGUUUCCGAUUCACCGGGGCCGUCAAAUACACGCAUCGAAGAAGAAAGCACGAUUGGCGAUUCGUGGCGGACGAGUCGGCUUGCUCAGGACGAUGAGGAGGAGGAGGAAGCACCCGGUGCAAACCGAGGAGGAGUUUUGCAGCUGUUGCAGCAGUUUUCUAGGGCGCAGGCUGAAGGAAGGGGAGCGGGUGUCGGUGUUUGAUUGUCUGGAUAACAUUGCAUGAGCUUUGGUGGUCGCGGGCGUUUACUUGAUCAAAUAGGAUUUAGAUUAUACCAUGAUUGGGAUACAUGAUUAGUAGUUGAGUAGGAAUCAUCAAGCAUAGUGUAAACAACAUUGAUAAAUGACCUGGUGGUAAACAUACCAGACGCAGCCCAGGCUUGGAAAAAAGGGUCCGCUUCGACUUGUCGGUCACUCACACGAUUUGAGCUUCAAAGGAUCAAUCUGGGACGGCAUAUCACAUUAUAUAGAGCGUUGAUGUAUAUCAUUGUCAUUGUCCGGUUGUACUUGGUCGUUCUCUACGGUUACAUU